AUGUACCUGGGAGUACAUCUCGGCAAAAGACAUAAUGCCGACAACUUACACUGGCUCAUCCAGGCCACCCUCAGCCUAGACCACCAGGUCUUACUCUACAAUUCCGUAUUGAAACCUAUCUGGACCUAUUGCUUACAGAUAUGGGGCAAUUCAAGCAACAGCAAUAUUGACAUCAUUCAGCGAGCACAAUCAAAGAUCCUCAGGACGAUCACCGUGGAAGCCAUAGAGCAGAUGGAGCCAGCUGAGGCGCAGCGCAAUACUCGCUUCGAAAUAGAGGAACUGUUUAUCCACGCCAAGGUUUGCGUUCAGGAGCAACUUGGACCAGACGCUAACAGCACCGGCAUUCAUGAAUCUACGGUUAAUUUUGGGCACACAUCUGCAGUUAAGCUCCCGCGCUUAUCAUUGCCGACAUUUGACGGCAAAUACUGCGAGUACCAAAACUUUAUCUUGUCGUUUAACCAAGUUAUUGGCCACCAGCCAUCCAUGUCUAAGAUCGAGAAGUUCAACCAGUUGUUAAACUGUCUUCGAGGACCAGCCCUUGAAACGGUUCGAGCUUUCCAGGUGACCGCAGACAACUACACAAAGGCUCUGGACCGCUUAAAGCAGCGCUAUGACAACCCGACUCUCGUAUUUUUGGAUAACAUAUCGUCACUCUUCGCAUUGCCAACUGUCGCCAAGUCAAAUGGUCAGCAGUUGCGCAGCCUAAUCGAUAAUGCAUCCGCAUUAUACAACUCGUUGCGUUCGUUGAGCACCGAGCCACAGAUUUGCGAGGCCAUGCUCAUCUCCAUAGUUAUGGGCAAAGUGGACCAGGAGACUAAGAGGAAGUGGAAUGAGUCGCUGGACUACACUACGUUGCCUUCGUGGGACAAAUGCGUUGGAGUCGUUGAACGUCAUUGUCAAUAUUUGGAAUCGGAUAAGAAGCCUCCUGCUGAAGCCCCUAUGAGUCAACCAGGUGGCCAUAGGUCGCGCUCGCAGAGGAAUCAGGCAAGUCUGUCCUUCAAUUGCACCACACAAACUUGUAACAUCUGUUCACAGACAGACCACAAGACCUUUAGAUGCCCAGAACUAAUCAAUCUCGCCUUAGAUAGUCGCCUUAAUGCAGUAAAGCGCCACAAGCUAUGCAUUAAUUGCCUUGGCAGGGGUCAUCUUGUAGCCAACUGCCCGUCGACGCGGAGGUGCCACUCAUGUGCACUACCGCAUCACUCGCUGCUUCAUCGGCCAUCGCCAGGAUCGGCCGCAGCUCCCUUGCCACUCCCUCAAGCGGAGCCUGUACAAGUUUCGGACGCAGUCGCGCAUACUCACACGGAGUCUCGUUCCGACUGUGUCAUUCUGGCCACGGCACUGAUUCUGGUCAAGGAUGCAGCUGGAAGCUACAAAAUAGGAAGAGCGCUUCUGGAUUCAUGUUCUCAGGUGAAUUUCAUAUCCGAGGAGUUUGCUCAAAGACUUCGACUGCCACGGAGCAAGCUCAACCUCGAGAUUCGUAGCAUUGGUGAGACACAAACGCGAAUUAAACACCAUGCAACCACCAAUAUCAAGUCGAGGCACAAUGGAUUCGAGUUGCUCCUUGAUUUUUGCGUGACAUCCCACAUUGCCUAUCAUCCAGAAUCGGAAAUUGACAUUUCUGCGUGGAACUUUCCGCAGCACUCAUCUCUUGCUGACGAGAGCUUUAACAAGUCUCGUCGGAUCGAUCUGCUUUUGGGGACGGAAACCUUCUUCGAUAUAUUGGCAGUCGGCCAAGUUAAAUUAGGAAAGGAUCUGCCCGUACUACAAAAAACACUACUUGGAUGGAUAGUGUCUGGUCGAUGUCGAGCUCAUCCCAGAACACUCCAUCAGUACUCAUCCAUCGCAUUAACAGAAAUUGACCAAAAAAUGGAACGGCUAUGGCGCAUCGAUCAUGUGGAGCCUCCUGAGAUCACACUUACGCCAGAGCAGCGAAACUGUGAGGAGUUCUACACCAAAACGGUACGACGUAAUUCAGAUGGUCGAUUGGAAGUACGACUUCCAUUUAAAGAUGAACCUACCGUUCUCGGAGCCUCAUUCGACAUUGCCAAAAGGAGAUUCCUCUCCCUCGAACGCAGCCUAUGCAAAAGGCCUGAGAUAGGGGCCAAAUAUGUUGAAUUUAUGCAGGAGUUUCAAAAUCUGGGACACAUGAGUCCCGUGAGCCAUCCACAGUUAAACACUCCGCAUUAUUAUAUUCCGCACCACUGCGUGCUCAAGCCUAAUAGCACAUCAACAAAGCUCAGAGUGGUUUUCGACGCAUCCUGCAAGACGACGUCCCAGAAAUCGCUCAACGACAUUCUGAUGGUCGGGCCGACCAUUCAGCCAGAUCUUUAUACACUACUCCUGCGUUUUCGGAUACAUCGCUAUGCCAUCACUGCUGAUGUGGUCAAGAUGUUCCGCCAAGUCAACAUGUUUGCCGAGGAUCGCAGAUUCCAAUACAUUCUUUGGAGAGCGUCGCCAUCGCAACCAUUGAGCACCUUCGAAUUGAAUACUGUAACUUAUGGCACAGCGGCUGCACCGUAUCUAGCCAUACGCAGUUUGUCAUAUCUAGCCGACAAAUUCAUGGACAAAUUGGAGAUUGGAGCUAAAGCCAUCAAAUCGUCUUUCUAUGUGGAUGACUUCCUAGGUGGAGCGGAUACGGUAGAGGAGCUACAUCAAAUCAAAAGGGAAGUUACAACGAUUCUACAGGAUGGCCAAUUGGAACUCGCAAAAUGGCAUUCAAAUCACUGCAAGUUUGUCGAUGACGCUACAGUCAAACAUUUGCAGUUGGACGACGAAAUGCUAACCAGCACGCUUGGCCUAAAAUGGGACCAAGUACGGGACACAUUCAUGUUCUCGUUCUCGCCAAGAUUCGAUUCGGACCACGUCACCAAGCGCUCGAUUUUGUCCAUAGCCUCUUCGCUGUUUGAUCCGUUGGGAUUAGUUACUCCCAUUAUCAUAGUGGCAAAAAUUAUCCUCCAGGAGCUGUGGCUCCUAAAACUACAUUGGGACGAGUCCGUACCCCAAGGCAUUCAUACAGCUUGGAUGUCCCUGCUUGCAUCGCUUUCGUCGUUGGAGUCUGUAGCAAUACCACGAUAUUGCCUCCAAUCAGCGAUACAUACCUUUCAAAUACACGGCUUUUGUGACGCCUCCAUUCGAGCGUAUGGAUGCUGCAUCUACGCUCGCACAAUCGGAUCAGAUGGGCUGACCAAGGUACAGCUAAUCACAUCGAAGUCCAGAGUUGCUCCCACCAAGAAGCUAUCUCUGCCGAAAUUAGAACUGUGUGGAGCACAUUUGUUAGCACAGCUCUACAAAAAAAUCAUUAGAAUCUUCGCUGACAGAAAGCCGACUUCGUUCUUAUGGUGCGAUUCUCAAAUUGUUCUACAUUGGAAUCGCCAACACUCGGCCACCUUAUCAACCUUUGUCGGCAAUCGAAUUGCCGAAAUUCAAGAACUCACGUCAGAUUGCCACUGGAAACAUGUUCCUACUCACUGCAACCCGGCUGAUAUCUUGUCCAGGGGCUGCACUAUCACCGAGUUGGAACAAUCGAUAUGGUUCGAGGGACCUGAGUUCCUAGGCCAAGAUCAUCAACAUUGGCCAAAGGACAGUCGAGACAACAGUGACAUUGAUAUGGAAACUGUCCAACUGGAAAAGAGAAAAUCAGCCUUUGCCGUACACACGACUAGUAAUCAACUACUUGAAGGAAUCUACAAGAUCAGUUCGCAUCAUCGCUGCCUACUAGUUAUCGCUUGGGUGUACAGAUUUACUCAGCGCUGCCGUAAACUAACGCCAUUCCAAUCACCUUCGCCGACGCCAGCAGAACUGAUGCGGGCGCUACAUUGCAUCGUCUGGAAUAUUCAAACUAUUCACUUCGCUCAAGAGAUGUCCUCGGUCCUGAAGGGCCAUCCGAUUCGCACUAACCUUAAAAAUCUUAGUCUCUUCCUCCAGGUUACAGAUGGCUUCCAAAUGCUAAAGGUCGGAGGGCGCCUGGAGCUAGCAGACUACCCAAAAACCCAAAAGCAUCCUGUGCUGCUCCCAGCUAAGGAUCCAUUUGUGUCACAGUUCGCUCGCCAUCUUCAUCUACAGAACUAUCACGCUGGGCCACGGACGCUCGUCGCUUUAAUUAGAAAACAGUUCUGGAUAGUGAAUGCAAGGGACUUGGCGCGACAAGUCGUUCGCUCAUGUAUACAUUGUCGCCGCUAUCGACCAACUCUCGAAAGGCAGCUAAUGGGCCAACUGCCUAAAGAGCGGAUCACACCAUCUAGACCAUUUUCAAGAUGCGGAAUAGACUUUUGCGGACCAAUCAACGUCUAUUUGCGCAUCCGGGGUAAGCCGCCUACCAAGGCCUACCUAGCCGUCUUCGUUUGCUUUGCCACGAAGGCGAUACAUGUCGAAGUGGUAUCGGAUCUCACGACGGAUAGCUUCAUUGCAUCACUAAAGCGUUUUAUUGCCCGACGCGGACUUCCCUCGGACAUAUUCUGUGACAACGCUACAAAUUUCGCAGGAGCUAACAACAAGCUCGAAUCGUUGAAGCAGUUUCUGUUUAAAGACGAAACAACAAGAACAAUCCACUAUUUCUGUCGCUCAGAGUUUAUUAACUUCCACUUUAUUCCACCCAGGGCUCCACACUUCGGGGGCAUAUGGGAAGCUGCAGUAAAAAGUGUCAAGGGACUACUCAAUCGCACUCUUCGAGACACAAGGUUAACCUUCGAGGAGUUAGCCACUGCAGCUGCUGACGUCGAGGCGAUACUGAACUCUCGCCCGUUAACGCCGCUCUCAUCAGACCCGAACGACCUGGCCGCUCUCACGCCUGGCCACUUCUUAGUGGGUGACGCACUCCGAGCACUACCGGAACUUCCACCAAUCGACGACAACCUGGACAAGUUGGAUCGAUGGAAAAGGGUCAGCGCACUCAAACAUCACAUCUGGAGUCGCUGGAGCCACGAGUACAUCAACGAGCUCCAAGUUCGCACAACCUGGACGAAGACUUCACCAAAUUUGGCUGUCAACGACAUGGUAAUCGUUCACGAGGAUAAUCUUCCUCCACAACGGUGGCUUCUUGGGCGUAUAUUCAGCACGAUUGCAGGAGCGGACAACAUCGUGCGUGUAGCCGACGUACGCACUGCCAAGGGAAUCAUCCGCCGCCCUAUACGGAAACUCGCCUUAUUACCUGUCUCUUGA